AUGCCUGCAGCUCCUUGGGCCCACAUUGAGAUUGGAGAGCCCCUUCUCCUUGCCAUCAUGGUGACUGGCAGGGUGAAGAGGACGGCGUCCGUCCGCAGUCUGCCCUCGGAAGGGGCCGACUCUAGCCCGCCGACGAGUGCGCAGAGCUUCCUGCUGAGCACGGCACAAAAGUCGCUGGCUCAAGCGUUGUCAGGACCCGACAAGGGCGCGAAGAGUGACAAGAAGAACAAGAAAAAGGAGAAGUCCAGCAAGAAAGGCCAGUCAUCGGAUUCCGAUGGCGAGAGCUCGACUGCGGAGAGCGCGGAUGUUGGGCAGGACAAGCAGCACCUCUUCCGGUUGCUGAACAAAGAGCUGGUGAGGUCCAUGGACCAGACGAAGAUCGAGGACUUGAGCUGCCAGCAGCUCGCAUAUACUUUGUCUGGCCUGACGAAGUAUGUGGUGGCCAGUGACGUCUUGCAGGUCGGUGGCGAGAGUAUGAAAGCCGCCCAGAGCCUCUGGCGGAAGAGGUUGAACCAGCUGCAGGAGCUAAGCAAGGAAGAACUCAGCAAGAAGUACGACGAGCUUUUGAGCAAGCUCGCACAGGACUGUGAUGUGCAGAGUGUACUUUCACUUCUGCUGCUGUCGGUCCUUCACCCUUUAGAGAACCCUCUUCCUUCGCCUUUGCAAGCCAUGGCUUCCGAGCAUCUUGCCUUGGGCGAUGCAGCGACGGCCACGGAAGAGAUCAUGGGAAAGGUGAAGUUCAUGCUGGAGAAAGAGAUUCAGCCCAAGGAGAGGGAACUCUUUGAGAAGGAGAAGCUCCUCUUGGAACGCGAGCGCCUCUUGAUUCAGAGAGAGGAACGGCUCAGAGCCAAGGAAGCGCAGCUCGCACAGAGGGAGGCUCAGUUUCUUCGCAGUCGCCAACAGGUCAAGGCGAUUUGCAGAAGCUGCAAUCUUGGGAACUGGUGCAGUCGCAGCUCCUGCUGCUAUGAUGAGAAUGGCUUCGAUGCUCACCAUCACAACUGUGCCCAGUGCCAUGAGUCCUUGGCCCAGUUCUGUGAAGGAGUCGGAGCAGUUGAGUCUGAGCUUCUGUUCAUGCUCUGUCUUGGCCUUCCGAGGUUUUCUCUUGCCCGAGUGCCUUUUCUGAGCCCUAGUUGGUCCGCGGCCAUGUUCAACCCAUGGUCCUUCCCUUCGUGGAUGCUUCCUCCCGUCCCUCCUCUUCCCACGACUGGGCCGAUGCCAAUGCCUCUUCCGAAGGCUCCUCCGAUGACUGCUCCGUCUUUGCAGCUCUCGGAGGCUCAGAGAGCCGAUCUUCUGAGGCAGCUGCGGGAGCAGCAUGAUCUGGAGCAGGACAGAGCUCGAAAGCCCGAGCAGCCUCAGGGGCAGCAGGAGGUUGAUGAUGAUGAUGAGGCGGUUGAGUCAGGGACUCCGACAGUUGCUGCAAAGGCUGACAAGAAGAUCAUGUCUCCGACGCCGAAGUAUAGGGUGUCUCCGCAGAAGCCGGAUGCCACCACCACUCUUGGCGGCCAUGCGGUCAGCAGCCCUGCGGCGGACCAGAAGCUUCAGAAGCAACGAUUUCAGUCGGAUGGGCGACCCUUGGCAGAGAAAGUGGGAUCCAUGUCCAUCUUGGGCGGCAAAUUGGAGUUCUAUGCUCGCUUCACUCCGAAGAGCUGGUUUGAUGAGCAGGCACAAAGGUCUGUGGCCUCAGCGAUGCCUGCGUCGGCCGCACCAAGCGAGCCGAUGAUCGAGAAGACUCUGUCAUCCGCGCCCACACCCGUUCAGGCUCAUUCUGAAGUGCCGCCUGCAGCAGCUUGCGGGGGCAACCGCUUCGAGGAGCCCCAGAUCCCGCAGAGCAGUGCCCCGCAGACCCCGCCUCAGAAGGAGCUCCCUGGCUGCAUCACUUCUCAUUUCUGGGGCCCUCCAAGAGGGAAAUCGAGGAAAAGCAGUUUGGCUGCAAGCGAUCCCGGGGCGGACAAGGCCGCCACCACUAUCGUGACUAUGAGUGGGAGCACAAUCAUGAGUGGAACAGGGAUUGGUGAGAUGAGCAAGGAGGCCGAGAGCGAUCUGAAGGACAUUGCUGCUGUCGAGCCACGGCAGCAGGGUCAAGGAGACCACGCAGUCCCUGCUGGAGACAAAGUCAGUCUGGCGAGCCCUGCCAACACUCCCAAGCGACGUCGCAGUCGCAGGAAGGGCAACCUGACCCCUGGAGCUCAGAAGGAGCACACCUCAGACAUGAAGCCCCGGCGACUGUUCCAGGAGGCCUCUAAGUCUGGCUCGAAGCGGCCUGCCAUGAAGGAUCAGCCGGGAGAUGAUGACGACAUCGAUGACGAGGACGAUGAUCUCUUCCAGGAUGGUUUCCAGCAGGACAGCGAGUCUUUGCAACUCAGCUCUCGCAAGAAGCCCCGCAAGGCGGCCGCUCCGCCAGACCCACAGUCCUCCGACGACGGUGGUGCUGUCAGCAGCAACUCUGACGAGGACGAGAUGGACGAGUCUCCCGGAGACCCGUUGCCUCAUUCUGAGGCAAAGGCGCCACGGCCGUCCCGUGACACCUCGCUCAAGGAUCCGCCAUCCAAGCUCGAGCCCGACCUGUUGAAGCUUUUGGUGGAGGGCAUGGCCUCGCAGCUCGUUUGCAUGUGCCGACGUGGGCUUACGCAGAACACCUGCCUAUUAGACAGGACAGAUGCCGACCAUUGCCGUCGCCUGCUUUUGUGCGAAGACAUCACUACUUUGGCUGAAGCUUCGGACCUCUUCUCGGACCUUCCUGGAGGGCAGCUCUUGAACAGCUUGGGCGAGAAGGCGAGGGCCUGUGCCCGGAACCUGACUUUGAAGGGUCGCAAAGCGGUGACGCAGUGGCCUGCCAAGUUGAAGGAGCACUGUGAGAAGAGUGCAGCGGAGGAAAAGGCGGACAUGCGAUCCUGGCUCCAGAAGAGACUGGAGGAGCACCUCAAGCUCCAGACGGACAAUGAGAUUCGGUUGUCCAAAGAGCAGUUUCUGCACAAGAUUGCUUUUGUGGACAAGAAGAUUCAGAAAAAUCUUCCCCUAGCAGCUGAUGUGCGAAUCCAGAUGUCCGAGUGGGAGGAACUUCUGCAGGAGUCCCGUCAAGCGGCGGCUUCUGCAGGCUUGCCGUUGCGACCUGCGCUGCCCGCAGCAGAGGAAGGUUUGCAGGAGCUUCAGAUCGUGCUGCACAAUGAGCCGGAGAUGGAGCUGCCAACAGCUCGGAUGGACUACACUGCCACGAAGACAGUCUUCCUGCAGUGCCAAACCGGGAGUGCUGGUGUUUUAGAAGUACUGAAGGCUCAGGGAGAUGUCAGCUCCGAGGGGUACAAGCUGUACUUCAGGGCCAGCACAGUUUGGAGAUUGUUUCAAAGGAAGCAAGCUUUCACGAACUGGUACACAAAACUGCGAGACAAUCUGACUUGCGAGAUUGCUCUGGCCUGGCGAGUCAACGUAGAUGUGCACAUCAUCCGGAAACUAGGCUACAAGGGCAAGCAAGUACAGGUGGACACCCAGAAGGCAACCUGUGUUCUGCAGAUUCGGUCUUGCUCCGAAGCUCUGCAGAAGGCUGCGCAGCAAUCGCUCGAGACUCUGCUUGCCAAUGCCUGCCCACCCGACAUGCACCUCAGCCUUCUCCCCAACAUCGGGGCCUGCAUGCUGAAAUGUGUGGGACACGACGUGGAUCUGGCAUGCUGGGAGAGCUUUCUGAAAUUUGUGGACUGGCUACCCAGGUGGCAGAAGUUCAAGAUUGCCUCUCCCGCCCAGCAGGAGUUCAACGCAGGCGGACUUUCCGCUUUGAUUGUCGGGUGCAACAAAAACAUGGAUGCGGAGCUCGGCAAGCAGAGUGUCAAAGGCAUUGCCUUCCUCUGCGAUGCUUCGCCAAAAGCUCGCAUGGAUGUCUGGCAGCCAAUCUUAGGCAUCGGUCACUACGCGAUCGCUUGGACGGUCCAGAGAUUGUCCGACUUGCUGCCCUCAACCGCUUCCAGCGGGAAAAAAGAGGAGGAACUGCAGUCUCUGGCUGACAAGAUGAUCCAACAGAAUGCUUCAGCAGGGUCCAAGAUGCCUCGUGCCAUUGGUCGCCUCAGGCAGGAGCGGCUUGCAAGCAGAGAGCACAUGCGAGCUCUGCUACACAGCUUGGACCUUCUGAACCUGGAACUUUCUCCCCUUCCUGUCUCCUACCGAGCACCAGAUGCCGAGAAGCACGAGACUCGAGAGAUGCACGGCAAUCGUGCUUUCAUCUUCAACCAUGAAAGCGGCCUGGCCGAGUGGGUCUGCUCGCCGGACCUGGAGUCCGGAGCGGACUGGGGGGUCCGGGUAACGCUGCACCCAGACGAGGGCGGACCUCUCUUCUGUGCCUGGCAGUUUCUGGCUUCUCUCGACCUGCCGGUCGGUUUCUGCAGAGACGAAACGCACAAGCUGCAGACCCACUUCCUCCGCUUCCUGAACGCCACACCUGGAGUGCGGCGAGCCCACGCCGGCGACGUCUUGAUGCAGAUGUUCAGUGAACACAUCUUGCAAGAGCAGGGCUGGGCCCCUACGGAGGAUGCUGGCCUCGACUUCGCCCGUGUGGUCGAGGAAGGAAAAAACCCAUACGCAAUGGCUGCAGCCGAGAAAACAAAGACGGCCACGGGGAUGUACGACAAAAUUGUGGACUUGUGCCUCAAGGCAUUGUUGGAUGAAACCGCCGCCGCGCUGUUCAAAAGCGUCUCCUUCAUGUCCGAGCCCUUCACGGACACGUGUCUCUGGCUGGAGCGGCACUCCAAAGAGCUUGAUGCUUUGCAGAAGCAGACACUGUUUGUCUGUGGCCCGCAGUUCGACUUGAAGUACGAGAAGCUCAUGAGAGUCACCUUUGGGGACAUUGCUGCGGAGAGCCUGGGCAUCUCUUUUGAUCUUGGCAUCACCCAGGACAGCGAGGGUCGCACAGUGCUGGAGGUGCAAAAGCGACGAUCCGCAGAGCAAGAGAAGCUCUUGUUCGAUCAUAUGCAAGCAGGGCUUUGCGCUUUGAUGGAACUUAGACAGUACAAAGUGUAUCUUCAAAGCUCCCCGCACCAAGCAGCCGCCUUGCUGGCAGAGUGUGAUGGAGGCUCUGCAGAGGACGAUCUGAAGAAGAGUAUCUUGCAGAACUUGCGGUUGGAAUGGAAUUUGGUGGUCGAGGCUGAGAACAGCCUCAAGCUUCAUCACAUGAUGCGAUCUUCCUGUCCCCACACACGCUUCGUGUACUACAGAGAGGUCAUGAGUUGCCUCGAAAAAGAGGGCUGGGUCCUCAACUCAACCACGCAGGCCCUUCUCAGGGCCUGGUACCCACGCCUAAGCAGUUCCUGCAACGUUGAACAAUGCUUCAACCACAUGGAGGACAGCAUCAAGCGAGCCACAAAAGCCAGCUGUUCCAGUGUGCCCAAUGUUCAGUGCCUCGGCAUUCGCGCCGUUGCAAACAAGGUCUGCCAAGGCGAGAAGACUGCCAGAGCAAUCACUCUCUCUCCGGAAGAUUUCGAGGGAAACGAGAUCAGGGCCAUAAAGCCGAAUGUUUGGAGGGCUGACUCUUACAUCAACAGUCCGCAUUUCCGAGUUGACGACAUCCUGAAGAAGUUCGGCAGCACCUCCGCUCAUGCCCACACGCGAGUGAACCUCAAUCACAUGCGAGCUUUUCUGUUGGCCAAGAAGAUGCUCGGCAUGAGCGGUGUCAGCAUCGAAGAAAUGGCAUCCAAGAUGUGGGUGCCCAACCUGUUUGCUGCAGGACGCCUCUUGCUUGUUGAUGGCCAGUGGUUCCUGACACUGGGCAGCACGCCCGGCCUCCUCUACGCUUUGCAGAUGGUGGAGGUUCACAUGUUUUUCGUGGGCCCAUUGCCGCCCGAGACAGUGGAUGAAACCGCAGUGGCUUCCGAGGGCCGCGGCAUGAAGAUCGAAGAUCCGCUGAGUGGUGCUGAUCAUGUGAAGGCACUCAUCUUCAGUGCCAAGAAGCCCAUUAUCCGGGAGACUUUGCUUGACUUCGAGAAGGAUUGCUGGGUUCAAGUCUUCCAGUACACCACGCAUUGGCUGGGCGGCUCUCUUGCCGCGAAGAUUGGAAGCUGCUGCAUCCUUCGGCGAGGUGUGGCAGGGCGAAGCCUUUUGCUGGACUUGAUCCUGACUGGCGAGAUCGUCAAAGUCACCAACGACUCUCUGUCCAAGAUGCUGAAGAUCCACGACAUCACCUGCCGUAAGAAUGCCACAAAGAGUGCCAAGAUCAAGGCGCUGAUGGCUAGUCCAUCAGUGAAGGAUGCAAUUCCUGAGGUGAAACUGCUCGAAAUCUUGGCCCUCCUGCAGAGCAUGGAUGACAAGAGGCGAAGGAAAAAGACCGAGGACGACGGCGACGACGAAGACAAAGAACAGGGCGAGGGAGAAGAGGACCGACAUUGCUGUCGAGGUAGUUAUAAUGCAGAGUCGCUGCCUCCUCUAGCAAUGCCCAAACAGGAGAUGAUGCCGGAUGAGAGCGACGAAGUGAUGAUGGCUGCAGCUGCUGUCGUCCGGGAAAUGGAGCAGGACAAUGCCCAAGUUCAGCAGCCACAUGCCGAAUCGGAGGUUCCAGUGGUGAAUGCAGAGCACGACAGGGAGAGCAGAAAGAGCAUUUCGAAUGCCGUGCCGAUCCCGCAGUUCCUGAAGGACAAAUUCCCCAUGCCAUCCGAUGUCGUGGUUACCCACGUGCAACAUCGCACAAAGACGCUGCCGCAUUUCCAAGCACGGCUGCCGGCCGGCUUGCUUCAUCAGAACAA